GUUGUGAUCCCCUCUUUGGAUGGAGCCUAACUUCUCCGCCUUGGUCGCAUCACUGAUGUUUGACUUUUUAGUUUAGUCUAUCAGCUGUUAUUAAACAGAUGCGUGCGCCGCGUAAACAUAUCUCUUUUGGAAAUGUAAUACAAGAUUUUUGAACGUUCUUUUAAAGGGGUUUUUGCUUCACGGAGGUCCAUACUGCGUCCACACAAAAGCUUUGUAUUUUUAGACAGAACACACAGUCAAAGCUAGAAUGGAGACAUCAUCAACAAUAAACGAAAGCCUCAAAAAUGGAGACCUCUGCAAAUUUGAAGUAGCUAUCAAGAAUAUAAGCAUUGAAAAUUCACGUGAAAUUUUAAACCAGAUUUGUUCUUCCGAUAUAAGCGAUGACAACAAGUGUAGAUUUGCAAACGCACUCCUUGCUAAAUACAAUAUUUUCCAAAGGUCGGCACAAUGUGAGACUCAAUGGUACCCACUUCACGAAUGUGCAAAAUUAGGCAAACACGGUCUUCUCUCCAUCCUCCUGAAUCAUCCAAGGCACCCUGCCGACGUGCAAGAGCUCAAUGGCGAAUCAAAAACUGCUGUCCAUUGUGCAGUUGAAGGAGCGGUGCAAAAUUAUGAUGAUGAUGAAAGAAACAAAGAGAGAGAAAUAAAUGCACUUAGGUGCAUUAAACUCUUGUAUGAUAAAAACUGUUAUCUGAAUGCGCGAGAUUCUAGAGGCUUCACUGCUGUCCACACCGCGGCGGAAAAAGGCCUCUGGCAACUUGUGAGCUACUUUCUUCUAAGGAACGUUAAUAUUGAUAUCAAAGUACAAAAUACAAACGCUCGGGAACUAAUUCAGAAGGAACACGCUAAAUGGAUUUCUGCUUACCCAACAAAAAACUUUACCCCUCCAAUACCCAACUCUCCAGAUGAGAAAAAGAAUUUAAUUUGUACUGAUGGUGGUGGUGACAAAGCAGCUCAGCCAAAUACAUCGGCCCAACCUUGUGAAGAUUUUGAAAGAAAAAUCUUGUCAAUCCUGCAACCAACUAAAAACAAUCAAGUGAAGUCUAUGUCAAGUCAGGAAUGGGAAAAACUCUUUCGUGACAGCAAUGCUGCUGAUGUCGACAAUUGUAAAGAUAAGAUUUUGGAGCACUUCAUAAAAAACGAUAAAGAGGAGGCAGCAUGCAUAUUACUUGAUGAACCUUACAAAGCAGACCCUUCAUCUUCACUUUACUCUGCUGUCGAGGCAGGGCAGAAAUACCUGAAGCUAAUUAUUGAAAAUUGGAAAAAUAGCACUAUUGAUUUUGACAUCAAACAGACGUCGAUAAAUGACGAGCAAACAUUGCUGCACAAAGCGGUUACUUGCAAAGAAGUUAGUAUUGAAACGGUGAAGUACUUGUUGGAACUUGGUAAGAAACUUUCACCUGUUGAUUUUCACGAUUGGAUUAAUGCCAGAGACAACAGACCUCUUGGCUACACUUCCCCUACAAAAGAGGGUUACACAGCUUUACAAUAUGCAGUUCGAGGUAAUAGAAACGAUGUAAUACAGCUACUGUUGCAAUAUGGCGCAAAUGUUUUCAUGACAUACUCAGAAUCACGCAUACCCACAUUAAACUGUAUCAAACCUGAGGUGAUAGAAGAACAUUUCAGUAAUCAGAUCAAAGUAUCUGACAAUGGAAAAAUGUGGUUUGAGAAAGAAUACUGCAUCACUUUAGAUUUUAAUAUCUUCAAAAGCAACGUACAGGUUUCAAAAGGUUCUAAUAAUGAUCAAGAAGGCCUGCCAAGUCGCUUUCAAUGGCCGCCGCUAGUUCAUUUUGCGCAAUAUAUUUGCUCAUGUAUCCCAUCGGUACCAACUUCCUCCUCUACCGAUCCAAACUCAGCAGGGGUUACCCCUGAAAAUACAGGAUGUAGUUUUCGAGCUUCACAGGACUUAGAGGCUGGAGGACACCAAGCAACUACAACAGCAGUGACAGAAAUUGAAAAUGGGGCAGGUAACUCUCAGUCUGCUUCAGCCAACGUAGGUUCAGAGAGAGGACCCUUAUUAGGGGAGAACCCAUCAACUGAAUUAGCAUCGCAGGGGAACACCAAUGACAAAGAAAAUCGCGACAAUGCUCUAACAAAUUUUACUUUGGAAAUGGAGCCUCUGAAGAUGAUAGCGGAUUCGCAAGCCCAUGAAAUUUUAUUACUCCACCCCUUGAUCAAGAUCUUCUUCCACUUGAAGUGGAAUCGGCUCUACUGGUUUUUCUGGGUCAACCUCCUGCUGUACUUGCUUUUCACUAUUUCGUUCUUCAUAUUCGUCAUCUUUUCCGAUUUUGUCAAAGGAAAUGCCAAUAACAAGACACGUGAAAUUGAUAAUAGUGAAAAUGAUUUUACACCAAGCAAUGAACUUUAUGAAUUCAUCGCCAAAAUUGCAGUUUGGAUCACAUUUGCAUUCAACGUUUUACUGACGUUGCGAGAAUUAUUCCAAUUUUUUUUUCUGCAAGGAUACCUUGGCAAAAAAGAAAACUAUCUAGAACUGACAAUUAUUUUUGCCACAUUCUUUCUCCCUUUUUUUUCACGGUGCAAAAUUUUGGUCUCAAUAUUGUCAUUGCUAAUUUCUUUGGAAUUGAUGCAUUUGAUAAGCCGCCAUCCUAAAGUGACCAUUUAUAUUCAAAUGCUUUCAGUCGUGUCUAAGAAUUCACUAAAAUUGCUCGGAUGGUAUUGCCCAUUAAUCAUUGCCUUUGGGUUUUCAUUCUACGUAAUUUUUCCAGUGUGUGCCAUUGGCAAAAAUUGCAAUGAUUCGUUUGACAACUGGCUGAAAUCAAUAUUUAAAGCCAUGGUAAUGAUCUCUGGCGAAUACGAAGCCGGCCAAAUUGAUUUUGAAUUCACUCCUAUCGCAAGUCACAUGCUUUUCAUAUUGUUUCUCUUUUUCGUCACAAUCGUUAUGAUCAACCUUUUGAACAGUGUAGCUGUUUCAGAUAUUCAAAUGAUAAAAGAAAAAGCUGAACUUAUUUUUUGCAAGUAUCAGGCCACAUUUUACUCAGACAUUGAGACUACUCUUGUAGCUUCGUACAAAUGGAAAUGUAUGAACAAUUUACUAUCUAGCAAAUGUUUUAAAAUUUUACAGUUUUUGGACAAUUUGCUGUUCAGCAAUGUUAAUAAGGUACAAAUUUAUCCCAACAAGAAAAACCAAGUUGAAACUGAUGUGUCUUAUUGCGGCAAUAGAGUUCUGCCACGUGAAAUGCUCAAAUCUUGUGAUUCUUUUCACUCUCUGGCGGCGGAAGCUAUAAAAAUUGCUCAGCAAAACAACACGGAAGUUGAAACUGAUGUGUCUUAUUGCGGCAAUAGAGUUCUGCCACGUGAAAUGCUCAAAUCUUGUGAUUCUUUUCACUCUCUGGCGGCGGAAGAUAUAAAAAUUGCUCAGCAAAACAACACGGAAGUUGAUUUUUUUAAGAACCAGACUACCCAGGAGGCUGAAAGUGAACUCAAGAGACAAUCCCCUGUAAAGGCAACUGACCAAGCCAGUCCUGGACCCUCUGGCACAAAUGGCCAGCAGGGAAGCCAAGAGCGGCAAUUAGAAGAAAAUGAUGAUGCAACUCUAGAUACAGCAAAUUUAUAAUUAUCCAAAAAAUUCAGACUUGGCAUCGCUCCCUUGCUCUCGCUCUAAAUCCGUUCCUGCGCUCCCUUUGGAGCGGAGCGAGGGAAAAAUAAAAAUUCUGGGAGCGGAGCGAGAAAGUAUAUGAGCGGAGUGAAAAUUCAGCUCUUUUCCCGCUCUUUGAAGGUGGCGCUAGCAUCGCUUCAUCCAAGUCACGUGAUCAGACUUUUUCCGCUUUCCGCUGCUGUAGUUUCAGUUCGCAAAUUGAGAAGAACAGCUGUGUUGCGUGAUGAUUUUUUCUAUUUUACUUUGAAUUAAAUUCAUCUUCCAUGAUUUGAUUUAACUUUUCCAUAUAAUAUUUUAACGUCAUUGUGAAUGGCUAGAAUGUUGCACGUUGAAAUUGUUUUAGUUUCUUAAAAUUUUAAUCUCCGUCCGUCAUAAUGUAGGUAGUUUUCUAGUUUUUAAUUUAAAUGAAAAAUUUUAAUUAUGCAAUUGGCACAAUGGGGACUUUAUAAGUUUGGGUUUAAGUAUCGUGCUUAAAUUAAAAUUACUGUUACAAAUGCCUAUAAUUUUUUUUUCAACUUCAAAAUUCAGAGGCACCUUGUGAAAAGACCUGUUAAAGUAUGGAAGUUUUAACAUUUUUAAAUCAAAGUUUUGGAAUUAAAUUAUCUUACCAAGUCACUUACAAAGAUAAAAGUAUAUAUAUUAAUUAGUUUUAUCAGAAAUUGCAAGUUAGGGACAUUAGUUUUUAUUUCUGAAUUUUAAAAUUCUAUAUCAAUGAAUGGAAAAUUUUUGAAGUUUAAAAUAUAGUCUAAAUUUUUAAUUUUUAUAAAGAAAAAUUUAAAUUUUAAAUCUAUUAAUAUAUAUAUAUAUUGCUGCAAUAUUAAAAUGAAUUAAAGAAACAACAUUUAGUAAUAUUUAAUUAAUAAUUUAAAAUUUGAAAGAUUAUUAAAAAUAAUAAAUUACACGAGAGCGGAAGAGCAAGAGCGAAUAAUUUUAAGAGUGGAGCGAAGAAUUUUAAAAAUUUGGUGAGCGGAGCGACAAGUCCGCUCAAAGAUCGAGAGCGGAGCGGGGAGCGGAAAAGUGAGAGCGAUGCCAAGUCUAAAAAAAUUAUAUGUAGAUACUUUCUGCGUAAAAAAAACAUUUUGCUUAGUGCCAUGUUAUUUAAUAUAAUAUAGAAUUUCCCUUUAGAAUAAUCAAAGUGGUUAUAAUGCCGAAAAUAAAAAUAAUA